AUGAUCCAAGACCUGAAGAAGGCCAGGGGACCCGAGACAGACAAGUCUACCAAGAGCAGCGGCAAGGCCAACCUGCUGAGAGUCCGCAACCUCAAAGAGAUACAUCAACCAGGUAAAAAGCUACUCUCGGCAUUGUCUUCAUACUUGUCCUUCCUUACAAGUGCUGCCUUCAUAUGGUUGAAGAUAAACGCACUGCCAGAAACAACGAGGCAAACCCUUCUCUUAGCGAUAAGUUGCAAAGUUGCCAAAGUCCAGUGCGAGCGACGCCUGGCGCUCCGAGGCGGGCCUGAGUACCAGGCCUACAGCAGGUCCACCGCCGCCGGGCACCACUCCAGACCGCUGCAUGACCUGCGGCCGCAGCGGGUGCUGACUCUGGACGAGAUCCUGUCGGACAAGGUGGCCCGGGCCUACCUGACCAACUUCCUGAAGAAGGACGGCAAGGACGACCUGUUGAACUUUUGGUUGGCGGUGGAGCAAUUGAGGGACAGUAAGAAGCCCAAGGACCAGCACAUGUAUGCUAAUGAGAUCUACCAGACCUACUUGGCUACAACCAGCGCGGUCAAGGUUGACAAAGCCCACAAUCAAAGGCAUGACAGACUUCUUGGCAGCAAACAGGGGCCCGGAGUCAUUCUUCAGUGCCCAGCAUCAGGUGUACCAGUUGCUAGACGAGACCUACUACCCGUCCUUCCUGGUCAGCGAGAGCUAUGGCAAGCUGAUGGCCGCGUGGGGGAGCCAACCGAAAAGGCAUCCACGGAGGCGCUCAGCCCGGAAGUCCUGGAAAAGAAGGGAUUCAAUACAAAGGUGAAGCCGCCACAGGAGGAGCUGCAGACUUCCGAGACCAGCUUUGUUGAGCAGACGAUGUUCCGUCGUGACCAAACUCCAACAAGUAGAGGAACGACUCGGCAACAAGCUCCAGCACUGAGUAACCUCAAGAGCGCUCACAGUGCAGACUCAAAGAUGCAGCAGAUGCUGGAGAAAGAAAUCGAGCAACUCAAACUGGAGAAGUCGACCUUGGAAACCUACAUCGAGCGGACAGACCUGUGGAGUGACCAAAUUGGCAAGUGGCGGGCCGAUAUCUGCUCAGCUCAGUGCAGUAAGUGGGUCGGCAAGAUGGAACUACCCCAUUACAGCAGGAGACCCUUCAAGUCAGUCCAACAGCAGGACUUCUUAAACAGCUCCAAAGGAACGCUGCAGAAAUAUCUCCG